AUGGUGGAAUGGGACAUAAAGCUAUGGUGUGGGGUGGGACAUGAAAAAGCUGGUGAUGGUGGAGUAGGACAUGAAAAAGCUAGCAGUAGUAGAGCAGGACAUAAAAAAGCUAGCGAUGGUGGAAUAAGACAUAAAAAAGCUAGCAAUGGUGAAGAGGAACAUAAAAAAGCUGCUGAUGGUGGAGUAGGACAUAAAAAAGAUAGCAAUGGCGGAGCAGGACAUAAAAAAGCUGGUGAUAGUGCAGCAGGACAUAAAAAAGCUAGUGAUGGUGGAAUAAGACAUAAAAAAGCUAGCAAUGGUGGAGUAGGACAUGAAAAAGCUAGCGAUGGUGGAGCAAACUCAAAUCAUGAAAAGACUGAUCAAACCAUGUUGCAAUUGUCGGUUAGAAACGAUCCUUUACAACAGGAUGGUUAUUUCUACCAGAAGAAAGAAUUUGAGCCAGAAAAGAGGAGAAAGUCAAAAAUAGCUAACGAUGGUGGAGCAGACUCGAAUCAUGAAAAGACUGAUCAAACCAUGUUGCAAGUGUCGGUUAGAAACGAUCCUUUACAACAGGAUGGUUAUUUCUACUGGAAGAAAGAAUUUAAGCCAGAAAAGAAGAGAAAGUCAAAAAUAGCUAACGAUGGUGGAGCAGACUCGAAUCAUGAAAAGAAUGAUCAAACCAUGUUGCAAGUGUCGGUUAGCAACGAUCCUUUACAACAGGAUGGUUAUUUCUACCGAAAGAAAGAACUUGAGCCAGAAAAGAGGAGAAAGUCAAAAAUAGCUAACGAUGGUGGAGCAGACUCGAAUCAUGAAAAGACUGAUCAAACCAUGUUGCAAGUGUCGGUUAGAAACGAUCCUUUACAACAGGGUGGUUAUUCCUACCAGAAGAAACUCUUAGAGCCAGAAAACAGGAGAAAGUCCAACAAAAAAGACAGGCAUGUUUAUCCAACAUUUUUCAGAACAAUGAUGUUUCGGGUUUUGGUGAAGGGAAAUAAUCCGCUAAUGAAAUUGAUAAGCAAAUUAGAUGAACCAAGCUCCAAUGUCGUUACAAAACUCGAUCCUUCAUGUCCAGCACUUUGGAGAAAUCGUAAGAAAAUCAACAUUGAACAUUUGUCCUUCAAAUACCAAGAAUAUUCUCAAGGUGUCACAGUGCCAACAGACAAGUGUGAAGUACUUGAUGAAUUUUUAAAAAAGGAAUGUCAUCUUCGUGCCCUUCAGUAUCUUCCGGAUAUCAUAAAGUUGCAACGUUUUCUUUUUGAAAAGUUUCAUCGUUGCUUAGAUCGAAAUGAAGCUGAAAAAUACACCAUUGGAGACUUAUAUAAAAGAGACCCUGACAUAAAACAGCAUGUGAAGUCCUUAAUCAACAGUUUCAAUAUGGCUUGGAAGAUCAUUAGAUCAUCUAUUCCACAAGAUGGUCAUUACGGAAUUUCAAAAGAAAUGAGAGAUAUGGAUGUUAUCAACACUACUCCAAUUUCGAUGUUAUUGCCUUCGUGGAAAGGAUUUGGAAAGUGUUCUUUUGCAUUGACAAAUUUUAUGGUGUCUUUACAUAACAAUUUUAUUGGACGAUGUAAAAGCUUGUUGAAGGACGAUAAAAAUUCAGAGGAGCUAUCGCUGUUGAACGUUACUAAGGGGCAUUUGGUUGCCUAUGAUCCAGAGAGAGAUUUUUUGCCGAUGGUCCUGGCUCACUGUGAUUAUUCACUAAAAGUUGGUGAAGGAGGUGAAGAAACAGUUGUGAAGUUCAACUGGAAAUCUUUAGAAAGACAACUUGUCGACAGAUUUAUUCGGGGAAAACCUAGAAUUACAUCUUUGGUUGAAUUAUUUGUGUUCAGCAAAGAUAUUUGUGAUGGAGCUGUUUUUAAAGCGUUGAAUCAAAAGAUCCCUCAGAUUAAACUUAGUCGACCAGUGAAAGAUCAGAUCUUAAGUGAACUGAACCAACUCACUGAUGUUUGUGACGUUCUUAAAUCUCUCCACAAUGUCAUUGGUUUCUUAUCAUCUGCUGGAGGAAAUCCAGGAAUGCUUAUCAGUGAAUAUAUGAAAUCAGCAUUGAAAAUUGAUCCUAGAAACGGUUUAAAAAGUGGCAAGGCAGAGCAGAUUUGUGAACUUCAACAUGUUGUUGCGCUUUGGAAAUUGUUAUCAUUAGAAAGAGCAAAAAUAUUGACUAGACGUAAACAGGAACCAUUUGACGAUGUAACAGAUAAGAUAAAGACAGCAUUGACAAGGGAAAUAAAGUUUGAAUUAAGUCGUGGUUUACAGAAAAUCAAAAUUAAUCGUUUUGUUGAUGAAUUGUUGCAGCUUAUUUUACUCUUUUUGAAAAAUGCACCAGAUGAACAGUUGCACUGGCCUUUAGCAGAGUACAUCAACGCAAUGCUUGAACAAGAUGGUUGUGAAAUUAUUAAAGAUCUCGAGGAGAGUUUACCAGAUGAAGUUACUGUUGCACAUUCUGUUGAAGCUUGGAAGCUUGCAUGUCAGAAAAGUGAUGAUCACAAUUCAAGAAUGUAUUGAUUUCGUCGACAAUUUUUUUAUUAAUGACGAUAAAUUGCUUGAAAUUCUCUAACUUGAUAAUGCACAUUUAAUUUCAAGCAAGAUUUUUUGGAAGAUAUAUAGGUACUAUUUAUAUCAGUUUACAAAAAGCUCAUAAUAAAAUUACAUCAAAUACAGAAAACAGUUAUCAUUUAAUUAGAAAACAUUUGAGAACAUUAGUAAGUAGUUAAAAUACGGAAUGAAAAUGUUCGUUAUUCUAACCAAUGUAUCGUUAAAAAAAGUUUCAAUCUAUCAUGGCCUCCAAUAUAAGUAUUAAAGUUUUGAUUU